AUGCCGAUCACGGCUCUUCCUAGUUCCACUGUUCACGCCAUCGGCUCUGCGUCAGUCAUCUCGGAUCCUUGCUCAAUUGUUAAGGAAUUAAUAGACAACGCCAUCGAUGCUUCAGCCGCAUCCAUUGGUGUCGAGAUAUCCCAGAAUACGCUCGAUCUCAUCCAAGUAAAGGAUAAUGGGCACGGCAUCCCUUCCGCCGACCAUGCCUUCGUAUGCAGACGCACCUUCACUAGCAAGAUCCAGACCCUCGAAGAUCUGAGGAGGGUCGGAGGGAAGAGUCUGGGCUUCAGAGGCCAGGCGCUGGCCAGUGCGGCUGAGAUAUCCGGAGGUGUCAAUAUUCUUACCCGGGUUGAAUCGGAGCUGGUCGGCAGUUCUAUGAAAUAUGGGCGGAAUGGAGAGCUGUCUAGCACCCAACGGACUUCGCAUCCGGUCGGGGCCACUGUUCGUAUCACUGAUCUGUUCAAGCCGAUCCCUGUUCGGAGACAAACCGCGUUGAAAAGUUGUGCCAAGACUUUGACGAGGAUCAAGAAAAUGAUCCAAACUUAUGCCAUGUGUAAUCCGUCCAAAAGAUUCUCGUUCAAGGUCCUAAAGGCCCGAGCGGAGAAAAAUAACUGGGUCUAUGCGCCGCAGCAUGGGACACUGAUGGAUGCGGUGUUGAAGAUUGCCGGCUAUGACGUUGCUUCUCACUGUGUUGAGAGACGAUGGCCAUGUCAAGAGCCUGCGCAAGGGAUAGAUGCAGAAGCUCAUGAUUCCGGCUUCCGUCUGGUCUCAUUGCUGCCUGAUCCCGACUGUGACUUGACCAAGAUAAAUAAUACCGGCCAAUACCUUAGCAUAGACGGCCGACCCAUAUCAGCAACUCGAGGAAUCGGCCAGGAUAUUGCCAAACUCUACAAAUCAUAUAUACGCGCCGCCGCCUCUCGCCAGGAAAGUUCAACGACGACAGACCCAUAUCUUUGUUUGCAGAUCUGGUGUCCUGAAGCGAGCUACGAUGUUAACAUAGAGCCAGCCAAAGACGAUGUACUAUUUGAAGACUCACACGAAGUGCUUGGCCUAGUGGAGGAUCUCCUCCAGGUCACAUAUGGAGGGAAGGGCGAUACCAACGGCAAACAGAAGUCCAAAGAGAAGUCAGCUGUACGAAACAAUGGCUCAUUUGACCUACUUCUCGCUCGCAGGGAUGAUGAAGCUGUAUCAACGCACGGAAAUAACCAAUCUAGCCUUCAUGCGUCCGUUUCGAGGAGUACUCAGCUGCCUGCUCAGUCUCCCACAUCUCCUGAGAUAAAUAGCCGCACUCGCGAAACUUCGGACUCGGAAGCAAGCUUGACUCCAGCGAAGGAACAGCGUCAACUUGAACAGUACCGGUCCGCGUAUAACGAAGUAUGUUCCUGGCAGAGGGUUUUGUGA